AUGGCGUUGCUGGCCGAUGCAGCUGGAUUGCCAAAUCCUCGCAUCGAACUUGGGAAAAGGAGCUGGUGGGGAACCCAGAUUUCCGACAUUACCGUCAACGUUGAGAACUUGGAAGACUCGGAAAGUCAACGGCUGGGGAUCUUGGGGUGCUGCAGCCGGGCAGCGGGUGUUCUGCGAAAUUGUUGCGUCUGCUGCACCGUCGCAGUCCUGCUACCGGCGAUCUGCUUGGUAAUUGGCAGCGAGUUAGACACAUCGACGUAUAGGCUGGCUGUGAUGGCUGUUGGACUUCUGUUAUUGGCGAUCUCUUGCUGCCUUUGCUGCUGUUCGCUGCGGCACACUUGUUGCGAGGGCAUUUUCAAUCUGCCCGAGCCAGCGCCGCUGGUACCCCCGCUGUCCAAGACUCCUGGUGCCAGGCUUGAAAUCAAGAAGUUGCUGCUUGUGUACAAUCCCAAUGCUGGGAAGCGACAGGCAAAAAGGAUUCUGGAGGAGAUGGUGCUGCCAGGAUUGCAACGGCGUGGAGUCGAGUGCACGACAAUCGCCACUGAGAGUGUGGGGCAUGCUCGUCAUCUGGGUAUGACGCUUCCACUAGCGAACUUCCAAGCCGUUGUGACGCUCGGGGGUGAUGGCACUUUCCAUGAGCUGGUGAAUGGCAUGUUCUCACGAGAAGAUGGCAAGCAAAUCCCGGUGAGCCUCAUCCCUUUGGGGACCGGGAAUGGCUUGUCGGCGACACUGCGACAGAACAUGCAGCGACAGGGUGAGGAGGUGUCGGUCUGGUCAGAAAUGGAUGCGAUACUGGACUGGUCUCUGGACAGGAUAUCCGCUGGCCACGUUGCUCGUGUCGACCUGCUGGAGGUGGAGGUCAUGAACCGUCGGCUGCUGGCAGUGAUGAUGGUCUUUUUGGGGCUCUUUGCUGAGGUGGACGUAGUGGCUGAGCCGAUGCGAUGGCUCGGACCAGCACGCUUUGACAUUGCAAGCAUUCUCAUGAUUUUGAAGCAGCAGCCACAGACCCUCAGGUGCAGACUCACCCUCGCGGACGGAACGGUGCGGGAGGACAGCCUGUCCACGAUCGGAGCUUGCAUGGGCUUGUGCCAGCACUUCUCAGACAAGCUCCGGUCUGUUCCGCAGGCGCAGCUCGAUGAUGGCUUAGCGGAGUUUUCUGUGCUUUCUUCUGGGGCAACAGUCGACAAGACCUUCGCAGGAUUCUUGAAGCUGCCGAACGGUGCGCAUACUGAAGACAAGGAUGUCUGGGACUCGAAGCAGGUCACCAGUGCCGAAAUCAUCUUUGAGGGGCCCGGCAUUUUCAACGUUGAUGGUGAGGUUCUGGAGCAUGAUGGCCUGCUUCGCAUCCGCGUUCUGCCUGCAGCGCUUCAACUGCUCGUGUGGUGGGCAUGGUUGACACAGUGCAGUUUGGGAAUCGAAGAUUGCCAGGGCAUUCUGCUCCAGGCCAUGUGGAUUGGCUUUGCCCCAAUCGAAGCUGAUGUCAUGAAGGACUAUGGAGUUUCUUCAACGUAUGUGAACUUCCUAUCCCUGGUUUUCAUGAUUGUCGCUCGUGCUGCAGACUGA